AUGGUACCACCGUCGCCAUCCUCGCCCCAUCAUAGCCACCAGUCCUCGUUAGAGGGCAUCAUUGAUCUCAAAACCGAGGAACCUUUGAGUUCAGACACGCGCGAUCGUGCCAAACAGAGGUUUUACCAAAUCGUGGACCACUUCGAGGGGUCCCCUGGAGAUGGCGCUGACGACACCGCCGGCUCCGAGUACAGUCGCUCGCGGCUUCUCCGCCUCACACAUGACCAUGCACUUUCUCCCCUCUCGCAGGAUAAUUUCCUUCGGGCUUUCUUUAGCUCGCUUGAAUUAUCCAUGGACGGCGAUGGCGAACCCGUAACAGAUGAGCCGGUCCGGGUCAAAUUUUUCGGCUUUGCAGAUUACCUCUUCAACAACUUCUUCCUGCCUCUCAAAGCCUCUGCUACAAAGACCCCCCAGCCCACACCGGCAUUCCACUCUGCCAUUCAGCGGAUACAGGGCGGCGCGGGGGGGUUUGUCGGUACACCAGAGAGGAUUUCAGCGCUACGUGGAGCCUGCCUUUUUCGUGAUCGAUAUAGGUGUAUUGUAACGCGAACAUUCGACCGUACCGAGGCACGGAAGCGUAUGAAGCGCGACCGCCUUGAUGCUCGAGACGAAAAUGGUAACUUGCUUAGCGAGGAGCAGGCGUUUCAAGCCUUAGAGGUCGCACAUAUCCUACCGCACUCUUUAACAAGUCUCGGACGCGGCGAUGAAUUGAAUCCCUCCAAACAAGCGGCCUUGGCCAUCUUGAAUAUGUUCGACCAUGGUGUAGGGCCCUUGAUCGAUGGCGUCGAUAUUGACCGGCCAUACAACGCCCUGACUCUCACCAGAGAUAUCCAUGGCUUGUUUGGCGAGUUUUCCAUCUAUUUUGAGCCGGUGCCCGAUGCGGCGCCCCAUACCUAUCGAAUCCAGUCGUUCGACCCGUCUGCUAUUCUCGGGGGCCUCGAUCUUCCCAUCACCCGGACGCUUUUCUUGACCGACGAUCGUACAAUCGAUCCACCCUCGGCACGGCUCUUAGCCAUCCACAGUGCCAUUGCACGUAUCCUCCACCUCUCAGCAGCCGGCUCUUACAUCGACAGCAUCCUCUGGGACAUGGAAGCGGCCGGGGAAGCGGGCGCGGAGGCGGAUGGAUCGACGGACUUGGGGCGUCUAGUUCACCUCCGCCUAUGGUUAGAUGGUAUCGGUGCCUAG